AUGGCGCGCGACCUAAACGUGCCGGUCCUGGCCGUGUCGCAGUUGAGCCGCGCCAUUGAGCAGCGUCCUUCCCACCGGCCGGUGUUGUCCGAUCUGCGUGAAAGCGGCAGCAUCGAGCAGGACUCGGACGUCGUCAUGUUCAUCCACCGCGUCGACAAGUACAUGACGGAAGAGGAAUGGGCCAGGGCCAACCCGAAUUCAGAUUAUCCGCGCGGGCUCGCCGAGAUCAUCGUAGCCAAACACAGGCACGGACCGACGGACGACCUCUGGAGCGGGAGUGGACAGUAG